GGAUUAGCCUGCGGAAGCUUCCACUUAGGAGGUGUUUGGGGUUUACAAGCUUUCGUGCCUUGAGCUAACGUACCUCCCCCAGCAGCUACCCAGUAACACCACCAGAUCUGACACCAUCGUCACGUUUCUUAUUGCUUAGGGGGGUAAUGAGCACGUUUAAGCACAUUUUGACCUGGUUUAAGAGUUAAGCUCAUUCGGGUUUACCUUCCCAUCUCUUUUCCAUCUUUAUUUUGUCUUCCUUUGCACUAGGCUCAGCUCCAGUUUCUGAUCGCCGGCCGAAUCCAACCUGAAUCAAUACUCCCGACGUAAUUUUCAACUAGAUAAUAUCAUCAAGAUGGAUCACGGACACAUGGACCAUGGCGAUAUGGGUCACGGUGAUAUGGGCCACGGUGACAUGCCACAGAUGUGCAGCAUGAAUAUGCUUUUUACUUGGGAUACCACCAACCUAUGCAUCAUCUUCCGGCAGUGGCACAUCCGCGGUACCGCAUCCCUGGUCUUCAGCUUGCUGGCUAUCAUUGCCAUCAGCGCCGGCUACGAAGCCCUGCGUGAGGGCAUCCGACGAUACGAAGCCUCAAUCAGUACUAAGCAGGACAUUUCACCCAGCGAACCAAAUACUGAGAGCACGACUUUGCUUGGGGUAGGACGAAACAGCAGCAGCAUUGGACAACGAGACCACAUCAUCAAAGCCAUUCUGUACGGUGUGCAGAACUUUUACGCCUUUAUGAUCAUGUUGCUGUUCAUGACGUACAACGGAUUCGUCAUGUUUUCCGUCGCGAUCGGAGCUGGCCUUGGAUACUAUUUCUUCGGUUCGCACACGAAAGCUACCAAGGAGACGGCUUGCCACUAGACGUAGGAAUAUGUAAAAUGCUAGGAAAUGAAUGCAGAAAGAACACGAGGAAGGCGUACGUGGAGUCAAAUUUGGAGAUCUACCGAAGCGGUACGAAUGCCGAUCUAUUGC